CAUAUUCAAACGUUGAAGAUGACAGGCGCUAACUACAUGGGAGGGAAAAGGAAUGCUGCUCGAGCACGCACCAAAGACAGUACAGGUCGGGUUCAGAAGCGACAUUUUGGUCAACAGAGGUUGGCAGCUGCAUUAUGCAACACGAAGGAAGGAAGGGAAAAGCCUGAAAAGAUGUCUCUGAAGUCUGUUUUACAUCAAAUCAAUCUUGCUCAUGCACAACGAGACGCAAAAAUCAAAGGCAAUUACCCCUUCACGGCGCAUAGUAUAAGCACGUGCGACACAUCAUUCGCCCACGGAAUCUCAUUUGGCACCCCAAAGCGCCGCAAACAACCCUCGAAGAUACUUCGAAUGCUUGAUUUUUCUGAUCCGGUAGCCUAUCGUGAUGCAAUUGACCGCAUAUUAUCAAUCCCUCUGUCAGAACUGAUUGGACUGCCCCUGCAAGGAAUGUCAUCCCACUCCGACUCGGAAGAUGGAGGCCCUGGCAUUGAUCCCGAAGAACAUCUUCUCCUGCCUAUCGAUGCUGACAGCGAGUCGGACGUUCAGGUAACAUCAGAGAGAACGGUGAGCAUCCAAGUAGUACACUGACCAUAUCCUAGUUUCAAGGAAUGUCCAGUGACAUCUUCUCUCGCACUG